CAUAGGCGCUCACUAACAGCACUUGCCCCAACAGUCCGUUAAGGCUAUGCCGGGGGAUCUUUGUCUUUGUGUAAGGAUUUGUGCAGUCGCACGGCUUGCAGAACGAUGCCAUCAAAAAUACACGACAGUGCACACACAUACCCCACGAAUACCAUUUCAGCAAUGCAUAGUUGAGUUUUUCGCCAAGGGUAGAUGAAAUGUGCUGUGUGCGAUAUGUAUAUGAAGUACUGUACGGUAAAUGCAAAACGUAUGAUAUGCGCUUUCUAUAUGCAAUCAAUGUUGAAAGUGAUUACAUCAUCGCGAGGCAGACAGUUAAAGCGGCAGUCGCUGAAGAGCAACACAGGACUGCAGUGAGUAAAGUGUACGCACAAGAAGCUGUCGAAGCCACAUGUCCUGCCCUUUUUGAUGGGACGCUCAUAAAAAGGACGCGCAAGCUGCACUGCUCCUCACGAUGGACACCACGCUCGUGCACAAUGAGCGCCCUGGGACGAGAGGGAGGAGCGGCGGACGUGACCAACGAUCCUCCACUGGAAUUCCACGGCCUCGCAACAGGCGAGCCUCGAACUCGCAGCCUCAGCACACAGAGCGUGGGCGAGGAGGCACGCUGGCUGUCCUGGGUGUCGCGCCAGUUCGAGCGUAUUGCCGGCCAUGGCCAAGAGAUCACCAUGCGGGAGUUCAAGGCAGCACUCAACAUUAAGGAGUCGUUCUUCGUGGAGCGAUUCUUCGCGCUCUUCGAUUCAGAUGGGAAUGGGACCAUCAGCCUGGAGGAGCUGCUGGGAGCGCUGCACCUCCUCGUACAUGGAUCACACAUGGACAAGCUCACCUUUCUCUUCCAUGUCUACGAUGUAGAUGGCAGCGGGCUGAUCGAACCUCACGAGCUGCGCACAGUGCUGGAGUCGUGCCUCAGGGAGAGUGCCAUCUCUCUGCCCGAGGGCCGCCUCGAGGCGCUCACCCUGGCACUCUUUGAGGCUGCCGAUGCCGAUCAGAGUGGGGCCAUCACCCUGCAGGAGCUGGGCGCCGAACUUGCCAAAUUGCCUGGCGUGCUCGAGGACCUCACCAUCAGCGCGGCGAGCUGGCUGAAGCCCCCGUGCGAGCACGCGCAACACCAUGGGCCGCCGCGGUACUUGACGCGCACCUACUGGCAGAACAACUACCGCAAGCUGCUCUUCAUGGCCGCGUAUGUGUGCACGAGUGCGCUGCUCCUGGGUCUGGGUGCGCACGCGAACCACCGCCAGGGGCCCUGGGUGAGUGCGGCGCGGGCCUGCGGCCUCUGCCUCAACUUCAACUGCGUCCUCGUGGUGGUGCUGAUGCUCCGCCGCUGCCUGACAUGGCUGCGAGCCACGUGGGUGGUUCACGUCCUGCCCAUCGACCAGAGCGUGCUCUUCCACCAGAUGGUCGGCUACGUCUUGUCUGCCCUCGCCUCCGUGCACUCACUCUGCCACGUUGUCAACUUCGUGUCACUGUCGAGGCAACCAGACGCCCGUUACAGCCUCUGGGAGUUUCUCCUCACGACGCGGCCUGGCAUCGGCUGGGUCAGCGGUUCGGCAUCCGUCACGGGCGUACUGCUCCAGAUCCUCGUGGGCCUCAUGCUUGUCUGCUCCAGCCCCUGCGUGCGACGCGGCGGGCACUUUGAGGUUUUCUACUGGACACACCUGUGUUACCUGUGGGUGUGGCUGCUGCUCGUGCUCCACACGCCGCACUUCUGGAAGUGGCUGGCAGGGCCCGGCGCGCUCUUCCUGUUUGAGAAGCUGCUCGGAUUGGCUCGUUGCCGCAUAGGCCACACCCACAUCACCGAGGUCAACCUACUGCCCUCCAAGGUAACACACCUCGUGAUUCGCAGACCUCAGCAUUUUCACUUCAAACCGGGCGACUACAUCUACCUUAACGUCCCUGCCAUCGCUCAAUACGAGUGGCACCCAUUCACCAUCAGCAGUCCCCCCGAGCAGCAAGAAACCUUGUGGCUGCACGUGCGCUCCAUGGGGCAGUGGACGAUGCGUUUGUACGAGUACUUCAGCUCACACGACGGGCGAGCGGUGUGCCAGGACCCCUACCAACGGCUUACUCGACGCCUCACUCCCACUCCCUGCAAGAACUGGACCCAGCACGUGUUCAGCAUGGAUGUGAUGGAUGACCCGGCAGCCACGCCGGCACAGGAGGACGUGCGGCUCACGUCCUUUCGUAGCCGACGUGGCUCGCUCGAGGAGCCUGGGGUGCUGCCAGCUCAACCGCUAGCAUCCUCCUCAUGUGCAGCUGCUGGAACCUAUACUGACAAACAUCACAAAGUCUGCAACAUAAAGUGUUACCUGGAUGGGCCAUACGGGACGGCGACGAGACAAAUCCUCAUGUCCGAGCACGCAGUGCUCAUCGGGGCUGGGAUCGGUAUCACUCCCUUUGCCUCAAUCCUCCAGAGUUGCAUGUACCGAUACCGAAUGCGCAAGCAGACUUGCCCUAGCUGUGCAUACUCGUGGUGCGAGAGCAUGAACGACCAUGACAUGAGGCUGCGCAAGGUGGAUUUCUUUUGGAUUAACCGAGACCAGACGUCCUUCGAGUGGUUUGUGAGCCUCUUGACAAAGUUGGAGCUAGAGCAGGCAGACAAGGAGCCAGAAGGUCGCUUCCUGGAGAUGCACAUGUAUAUGACAUCAGCACUAAUCAGUAACGACAUGAUGGCGCUGGGGCUACAGCGGGCACUGGAUCUGCUGGCACAGAAGGAGAACCGUGACUCUAUCACGGGUCUGCGAACGCGCACGCAGCCCGGGCGGCCAGACUGGGGCAAGGUGUUCCAAAAGCUGGCAGAUGAGAACAAGGGGAAAGUGCAAGUCUUCUUCUGCGGAGCCCCUGCUCUUGCCAAAGUCAUUAAGUCACACUGUGAGCAGUUCAACUUCAAGUUCUUUAAAGAGAACUUCUGAAAAAUCAUUCAUGGAGCAGAUGCAACUCACAUCUGAUUACUGCACUGUGGGUCACUUUCUGUGUAAGGAAAUUAUCUUUUCCUUGGCUGAGCAAGUUUAGUGGUGCGCAAACUCUAUUUCCAUCUGGCAGUGAUGUGAUUCCAGAUGCACUGGUUAUAGCAAGAGCUAUGAUAUAUGUGAGACAGCUACAUGCUGGAUAAUGAUGUGCUUUUGAAAAGAAAGUACAACAAAGCAAACGGGUGUCUGACAACCUGCCUUUGCAGAAUAAGAAAGUAUUCUUCAAUAUAUUAUGGGUGUUAUUAGUUUCCCAUGCUUUCCUCCCACGUAGAAGUUAGUUCCUGAACAGUUGUCAAUUACAGUUUGGAUAUAAAUAACAUAAAUGGGAUUGUAUCUAUAGAUGCUGCAGAUAAACAGUACACAAACAUUGAAGAAACCUUAAGACUGUUCAAGGGAAUCAUACUUUUAAAAACAAUCUAUGCCUUGAGUUUCCUGGACGACUGCUGGCUGGGCUUCUCUCUGCCCAACAAUAACUGUUGGUGGCUCCGGGCUGAUGCCACCGAAACUAUCUGGGUUACUGGCUAAAAGGGGUUUUCUGUGUAGCAAAUAAAAAUGUAAUUGAAACGGCGGAAGACGUUUGGAAUAUAUACUAGAUAGCGACACUGAAGAGGUGGGAGUAAUGAAUUCAGAAGACUGACAGUUCAUUUAAAAGUUAUCUGUUUAAAUUUGUGCUCCUUUUAAUGUAAUUCUUUCACCUGAAUAUUAUUUAUAUCCUAGAGAAUAUAAAAAUCACAAUACAUGUAACCUGGGCAUUUUAUUCGGUACAAAGUAGAUUACUUUGACUGCUCGGAGUACAGGAUUGUGAUAACAGUAUAAAAAAUACAACUGUCUCUUAUUUUCCAUUGCAGAGAAACGGAUUCUGUACUCGUCAUACAUUUUUAAGUAUAAUUACGUGGCUGGCAGUGUGAGUCUCUUCAGCAGCAUUAUUCUACUGAUUGUCAUUUUCAUUAUUGGUACAGUAUAUUUUUAGGCUUGUGCUAGUUCUUAAAACAUACUGAAAUGUGUAGGUGUGUUCACCAUUGUGAAGUAUUCCAAAUAUUGUUAAACGUUGAGUUUUAUAAGGGCACCACGGGGUGACAAGCCCCUCCCCACCCAGCCCCACCCCCCA